ACUGACGAACAACACGUUGGGGCACACAUUCGUCGUAUGCGUAGUCGAGUAACAAAAAGUGGCAGAACGUGUCGCGUCGCUUCGCAUCAGAUCGCAUCAAUUAUAUUGAUCGUAACGUGGUACAUCGCAUCGCAGAGCAACGCAUCGAAUCGAAUCGAAACAGAUCAGAGCUCAGCACUGUCGUACAUACUAACGUAUAUACUCAUAUAAAGAUUGAACUUCAAAUAAUGAGUGUUUGAAAAAGAGAAUAAACCCUGAAAGCCAAAAAAAAAAAAAUAGUGGGUGUUAAAAUUAGUUUUUGCAUUUCGCCAUCUUUUCUGCACGAUUUUUAAACAUUUGAUGUGUUUGUUUAUGUGUGUAUUUUUGUUACAUGUUUUAUAUGAAUUUUGACCUCAUAGACGCUUUGUUUGAUAUAUGCUCAAACAUUGAGUGAUUGUGAAGAACCUUUAGCAUUUGACAUACGCGCUUCAAUGUCAACGGUAGCAACAACACGGAUAACAAGACAUACUUAAGUAAAAUGUUUUACGCGUGCUCCGCGCCGAUCGGAAAAAGUUAUCUUUAAAUUGGAUGUGUAACAAUUUUGAACCAUAAAAAUAAGAAAAUAAAACAUUGAUAUGUGCUUCUUUAAGCUUAUUGUCAUACAUACUUAAAGUAAACUGAUCAAUACUAUGACCCUAUAGCCAAGAAAUGAAUAAGCGUGAAUUUGGCAUUUAAAGCCGUUAAUACCUCGGCCUCUAUCGGAAACCGAAAUUAGUGCAAAAUAUUUGAAUAAACAAAAAGUGAAGUGCAAGCUAAGCUUCUAAACAGAAAAAUAUACCACGGAAAAGUGCUAAUAAAAUUUAUUACUGCCAAGCAGAGCAUAUUAAUAGUCAGUGGCUGUGAAUGGGCUUGGAAACUAACCAAACGAAGAAGAAGAAAGUGAUUUUUUAUGCCUAUAUUUGUUUAUGUACUUGUGUACACACAUAUUUACAGUAAAAAAUUGAACACAGCGAUAAAGAAAUAACAAUUAACAAAGACCUAAUUUUUUUGCGUUAGAAAUUCAAAAUAUAACAAAGCCAAGCGCCCAACUAUUAAUUUAUUGCAUUACAUAUGGAUCCAGAAAAUCAGUGUCCGCAAUACGGCGAAGUGAAUCAGCUUGGCGGCGUAUUUGUGAACGGACGCCCAUUGCCGAAUGCGACGCGCAUGCGCAUUGUUGAGUUGGCACGCCUUGGCAUACGACCCUGCGACAUUUCCCGCCAGUUGCGUGUUAGUCAUGGCUGUGUUUCCAAGAUAUUGGCGCGCUACCACGAGACCGGUUCAAUUCUCCCGGGCGCUAUAGGCGGUUCGAAACCGCGCGUCACCACUCCAAAAGUGGUAAAUUAUAUACGCGAACUGAAGCAGCGCGAUCCUGGUAUUUUCGCUUGGGAAAUACGUGAUCGCCUGCUGACCGAAGGCAUCUGUGAUAAGACGAAUGUGCCGAGCGUUAGUUCCAUAUCGCGCAUACUUCGUAAUAAGCUCGGCGCUAUUGGGCAUCAUCAUCACAAUUCAGCGGUGGCCGCUGCGGCGGUGGUUAACGGCACAAGUUCUACACCACACCAUCACGCGCAUCCACAUGCACAUCCGCACGGUCAUCAUCAUGCGUCAGCGCAUAGCACAGGUGUCUCGACAGUGGCGCAUCAUCAACAUGCCGCCGCCGCCGCUGCAGUUCACGCGCAUCCGCAUCUCUACAAUUCCAUUUAUCAGCCAUACAGCGCGUACAGCAUGAAAACGGCGGUAUCGUGUGGCAGCCCUUCGCCCCCUCAGUCAACACAAACCAGUCAUCAGUUGCGCACCGCGGCGGCUGCUGCUGCUGCAGCGCAUUGCUGGCCCUCAUCGCACUCUGUGAGCGAUAUUUUAGCGCAUCAUCAAGCGGUGGCACUACGCGCCAGCUGUCAAGUGGGCAACACAAUGGGCGGGCUACCCACGGGACUACCGAUGACUGCUUCACCGGUGGGUGGUGCUAUGGGCACGGGCGCUCAACAACUCAUGGGCGCUGAGGAUUGUGAUGGCAUGGCGAACAGCGCGGCGGCAGCUACACAAGUCGCUGUGGCGGCGGCUGCGGCGUCCCAACAGCCCUACAACUAUUACAUGUAUUUCCAAAACACUGGUAUGCAUCACCAUCAUCAUGGCGGCAUGAUGGCGGCAGGUGCAACAGGGUUAUGAGUAUUGCAUUAUGAGAAUCGUAGAAUAAGCAGGAAACAGUUGUAGAAGAAGAAUCUUUAGCAGUGUUAAAUUUUUAUAUGAUAGCUGAUUAAAAGUAAAUAUAUACUACGUAUUAACCUGUAUGAAUAUAUAUAAAUUAAAAGGAGAUUAAAAAAUAAAUCAUCUAUAAAUUUUAAUUUAGUUUUUAGUUUUUUAUAUAUUAAUUAAUAGUAUGGAUUUGUAUAACGAACUUGUGAAUAUUCAUAUAUGUAAGGGUAUGGGUGAUAUGCCAAUCAUAAGUUAAUUAGAGAUUUAUAAAAAAAAACUUUAAGCCGAAAAUAUUAGAAAAGCUAAUAAGCAGUUGGUUCCAAAUUUUAUUAACACUAACUCGCCACAAUUUUUAAUCAGUCUAAAACUUACGCCUAAAAGUAUGCUAUAUACAGCUUCGUUAAUUUAUGUAUACUGUUGCUGACAUCCCCAGAUAUAAUUAUGCAUGUAUGUGUAUGCUUCCAAUAUAACUGUCUAUAUUUUUUUUUAUUUUGAUUUUCAAUGUUUUGCAUAUAUUAAAUUAUUUUGAAGAUCGCAACCAAAUACGAUCGCUUCAAGAAUAUCGGGAAAACUAUUUUGCAAUUUGAAAUUUCUUUUGAUGAAAUGUCAUUAUAACUUAUAUCUGAAAAAACACAAUAAAAUAAUAUUAUAUUUUACAUAUAUAUAUAUUAAACUUACUCAUUGCAUAGGUAUGGAUCUUUUGUUAUAAUUUAGAUUAUAUAGUUUACUAUUUAUUAUGAUAUAUAAAAUGAAAUAAUAACAC